GGCAUUCGCUAGUCGCUCUUUCUGUCGCAACCCACGCACCUUCUACAAGAACAAGCUUAGCUCACAGGCAUUGACUAGGGUCACAUGGAAAGUAUACACUUCCUCGACAUCUCAAAGACACACACUCAAUUAUUCCGACACCAAGUCAUCCCCAACUACCUUUCAGACUCACGCCUGCCCUCAAUAUGGGGCUUUCACACAACACUGGGCUUUGCCAAGAAAAGAAACAGCAAUCUAUCCUCCCAGAUGAGAAAAUGCAUUCCAUCAUCGCUGUUGCUCCGGCCCAACUGGACGGUGGAGCGGACUACUAUUCGCGAGCAGUCAACGACGGAACAAUUCACUCUCAGCAACGUUACUAUCCCCAAGUCCCCCACCAGUCUCAGAAAGCGCCUUCCGUCCCCCCACCGCCGCCUCGCCAACCAUCCCGCACCAUUGGAAACGCAGUCAAUGACCUGCUUCCUUACUGCACAACCGAGCCGCCUCUGAGCCAAGCUCAAGUCAUCGCUCUGAGCGACGUUGUGGGUAGUCUGAGGGAACUCGUGGUUCUGGCUCUAGGUACGGCUUCUGGUGCGGCGGGCUAUAUGGAGAAAUUGGAAGGGGCAGUGGGUUCGCGGGCCGCAGUGAACAUUGUAGAGUUCUUUGCCGACGAAUGGGAGAUCGAGGGUUGAGAAGAUUCGUAGAUGUGGGGUCAGAAGUGAGGGGAUGGUUCCUAUCGCAUGGUGGCUGUGGGAGAUGAAAAGUGCUCAUGUGGAUGCAACUAUAAGCAGAACAGGCAAUGAUGAGGAAGAUGGGAGGUUUUGAUGGGAAAUUGUAUCAUUCGCUACCAGGAAAGAAAACUGUGCUCGCUACCAAACCAUCCACCUCACCUGCGAAGUAUAAAACGUUCGCUCCCUCCUGCCUCCUCAAUUUU